AUGGCUAAAGGUGAAAUAUCAAUUGUAAAUGGGAAGAUUCCUAAGGAGGAAGGAGACAUUGAGGAAACGAAUUACAACAUGUUCACAGAUGGUGAUGUUCAGAAUACUGAUAAUCACAUAGACGGUAACAUAUCGGAAACAGAUAAAGACAGUGAACUAGGAGAAAAGGAUAAAGAAGACGAAAUUGACGACCGAGACCCCGAUAGGGGAGGAUGGGACAGUAAAGCAGAUUUUAUAUUAGCUUGUAUUGGUUAUGCUGUUGGUAUUGGUAAUAUCUGGAGAUUUCCAUAUAUGGUCUAUAAAAACGGAGGAGGUGCUUUUCUUAUACCAUACUUUCUGUUUAUGGUGAUACUUGGAAUACCCAUGUUUAUGCUGGAGAUCAGUCUUGGUCAAUAUCUACAACAAGGAGGCAUCACUGUUUGGGAAAUUAUUCCGUGUUUCAAAGGCAUUGGUUACGGAUCAGCAACAAUCUCCUGUAUAUUGAAUAUUUAUUAUAUCAUAAUCAUUGCCUGGGUCAAUAUCUACCUGGUGUGUUCGUUCUUUCCCACAUUACCCUGGACUAUCUGUGACGGAUGGUGGAAUGAUAUCUGGUGCUACGAUUACGCUACACACAACACUACUUCUAAUGGGACACAGUUUAUAACAGGAGAAUACAACAACAUAACGAUAGACAUAGCGCAUGCAGACUCCCCUGCGGAACAGUUUUGGAAUAACUUUGUUCUGCAGAUUUCUGAUGGCAUUCACGAGAUUGGCUCUCUUGUCUGGACGCUGGUGGCGUCCUUACUCGUUUCCUGGAUAAUAUGCUAUGCUUGUAUCGUCAAAGGUGUUAAGACAACAGGCAAGAUCGUCUGGUUUACGACUACAUUUCCAUAUGUUGUGAUGACGUGUCUGUUGAUACGUGCGGCUACUUUACCCGGUGCUUCAGAUGGUAUAUAUUAUUACCUUGUUCCGGACUGGAGUAAAUUACUGGAAAUACAGAUAUGGGUGGAUGCUGCAUCACAGAUUCUGUUCACAUUAGCAAUUGGUAUCGCAUCACUUAUAUCACUUGGUAGCUAUAACAAAUAUCACAAUAACACAGUCAUAGAUUCAACGAUAGUUUGUGUAGUAAACUGCUUAACUAGUUUUUAUUGUGGGUUUAUGAUAUUUGCCACACUUGGUUUUAUGGCAUAUGUACAGGGUGUUGAGGUGGAUGAAGUUGUUGAUUCGGGUCCUGGUUUAACCUUCAUAACAGUGCCAACGGCCAUAGCAGAAAUGCCUGGUGCCAACUUCUGGGCAGUGCUAUUCUUUUUUAUGUUAUUCCUUAUGGGCAUGGAUAGUCAGUUCUGUGUGGUGGAAGGUUUAUAUACGGCACUUGCUGACGAAUAUCCCAAAUAUCUGAGGGCAAAUCGAGCACUGAGUCUGGCUAUAUUAGCAUUCGUGUAUUUUCUCUUGGGAUUGCCGUGUUGCACCAAUGCAGGAAUGUAUUUCUUCGAAUUGAUGAAUACAUUGGGUGCUGCUGGUUACGUGCUAUUAUGGAUGGCCAUGUGGGAGUGUAUCGCUAUAUGCUAUUUCUAUGGCAUCAAGAAAUUUAUGCUUGGAUUGACGGAUAUGUUACAACGUAAACCGAGCUAUGCUUGGGCUGUCUCUUGGGCCUUUGUUAUACCAGUUACACUUAUUAUCAUCCAGGUAUUCAGCCUUGUUGGGUGGGAUGGCAUGUAUUACGGUGACUACUAUAGAUAUCCAGUUUGGGGCGAGGUGUUAGGCUGGCUGAUGGCGGCAGCAUCCAUGCAUUGGAUAGUUACGUACUUUAUCUACUCUCUAAUAGUUACACCGGGAACUUUGAAAGAGCGUUGGUAUACAGUUAAUCACCCAGCACCAUACAUCAAACUCCGUGGUUUGGACGACGGUGAUGAACAUGAUGGUAUUGAAAAAGACAAUGAUGACGACAUAGAUUCCGACAGCCCAAACGGAAGUAACAACAGCGUACCUCCGUGUUACGAAAACGCAAUGGUAGUGGAAAUGUCUGACAUGUGA